AUGGCUGACAAUCAACGGCCGAUAGGCCUGCUGUUCGACAUUGGAGGAGUGUGUGUUGUCUCCCCCUUUCAGGCUAUUCUGGACUAUGAACUGGCCCACAACAUCCCCCCAGGAUGGGUGAAUUUCAGUAUUUCUCGUACCUCACCAAACGGCAGCUGGCACAGACUCGAGCGCGGAGAGAUCAAGAUGGAUGCCGACUUCUUUAAGGAAUUUAACAAGGAUCUACGAAACCCUGACUUAUGGAAGGCGUUCCACGAGAGACUUCAGAAACAGCGCCCGGAUAGUGCACCAACAUCGGUCCCUCCAUUACCCGCCCUGGACGCAGAGUUCCUCUUCUGGGAGAUGAUGAGGGUGUCUAGGACGCCGGAUCCAUAUAUGUUCCCUGCUCUGAAGAAAUUGAAGCAGUCGGGAAAGUUCGUUAUGGGAGCUCUGUCAAACACGGUGAUAUUCCCCGAUGGACAUCCAUACAACACAGACAUCGAUGACAAGAAGUCGCAAUUUGACUUCUUCAUUUCAUCUGCGCAUACCGGUCUCAGGAAACCGGACGGGAAAAUAUAUCAGGUUGCGCUGCAAGAGAUGGAAAACGUAGCAAGGAAGAAGGGUCUAGGCGGUAUUCGCCCGUCUGACAUUGUGUUCCUUGAUGACAUUGGAGAGAACCUUAAGGGCGCAAAGAAAGCUGGCAUGCGAACCCUGAAGGUUAAUCUGGGACGGACCCAGGACGCUGUGAAGGAGCUGGAGAGAAUGACCGGCCUUCAGUUGCUAGAAACUCCAGAAAAACCCCGGCUGUAA